ACAAAGGAUUGAAGCGCCUCUUAGUUUCCCGGUCGCGCCAGCCGGGUCUUCACCUUAAGGUUGCGGGCGCAAUGGCAACAGAGGGGUCGCGGAAGCGCAAGCUGAGCACCACCGCCGCGGAGUCCAGCAAGACGAGCACAGGCCGCGUCAUCCUUGUGACGGGCACUGCUGGCUUUGUCGGCUUCCCGCGCGCUCGCCUUCAAGAAGCGAGGGGAUGGAGUCCUUGGCUUGGACAACUUCAACGCCUACUAUCCCGUGGGCAUCAAGUAUGAUCGGGCGCAGGCCCUCGAAAAGGCGGGCGUCUACACCUUCCAGGCGGAUCUGAACGACAGGAGUAUGCUGGACCACAUCUUGCAGGAGUACAAGGUCACUCACGUCCUGGCGCUGGCAGCACAGGCCGGGGUGCGCUACGCCACGAAGGACCCGGCCUCCUACGUCUCGUCCAACGUGGCGGGCUUCGUGCAGCUCCUGGAGGCUUGCCGCUUUUGUGAGCCGAUGCCUCGGGUGGUCUACGCCUCUUCUAGCUCGGUCUAUGGGCUCAACACGGUGAGCCCCUUCUCCGAGGAGCACCAGGUGGACAGGCCUGCCAGCCUCUACGCUGCCACGAAGAAGGCCAACGAGAUGAUUGCGCAUACCUAUCACCACAUCUACGGCUUGUCCCUCACGGGGCUUCGCUUCUUCACCGUCUAUGGGCCGUGGGGUCGGCCUGACAUGUUCGCAUUCUCGGCCACCAUCAAGAUACACAAAGGCGAGGCUUUGAAGAUCUUCCAAGGGCCAGGUGGCUCUGAGCUGGAGCGGGACUUUACCUUCAUCGACGACAUUGUCACUGGAUGCGUCGCCUCGGUGGACAAGAUCCCAGAGUCCACCAAGGGCGCGGCGCACUACAAGGUCUACAACCUUGGCAAUAAGGAUCCAGUGACUGUCACGUAUAUGAUCGAAUGCCUGGAGCGCGCCAUCGGCAAGAAGGCGAUCAAGAACUACGUGCCCAUGCCGCCCACUGGGGAUGUGCUGAAGACCAGCGCCGAUAUCUCGCUGGCAGAGAAGGAGCUCGGAUACAAGCCGACCACCUCGUUGCAAGAGGGCAUCAACAAGUUCAUUGCAUGGUACGAUGAGUAUUACAAGAGCGGCUUGACCAAGGAGAUGUCCAACUAUGUGCCGUACUAAGGCAGCUCUGCAAAGCUCUGAAAUGCUGGAUAGUGCUUUUGUUGUUUGGCCUGGUAUAUGGCUGUGGGUCAAAACCACUGGUACCAUUUGGG